AUGGUGGGUCUAUACAAGCUUUUGCUUCUGCUACUCCUCCUACUGCCUGCACAUUGGAUCGCUGAGAGUAAACUCAAUUUUAUUCCCAACAAAAUCGAGUGUGAAAACUAUAUGCCUACAUUCCUAACCAAUCUGGCAUGCGUUUUGAAAUCCAAUGAUCUUAACGAGACGGUGAUCGAUAUGGAUUUUAUUGCAGUGCGUGAACUAAAUAAUACCUCAGUGUCUUUCUCUUUCAACGUAAUGAUCGGGAAAUCAACGGUGAACUACAUAAACAAACGUUUCGACAUAUGUACCCGUACAGGUCAAGAUGCACUGGAAGAUCACAUUAUAACGCGCGUUAUCAGUGAAGAAAUAAAAAAAUCAGGGAAUAUUCUGAACGACUGUCCAUACAAAAAAAACAAACAUUACUAUGUACACGGCUUCAAGGUCAAAGAACAUUCAAUACCGCCAUACUUUCCCGAAAUGAACUUGACGAUAACUAUAGACCUUGUCACAAAUCGACGUAAAACGAUGCGUUUUUUGGCAUUUGGUCGUUCGGUGAAGGUCGGCAAGAUAACCAGUCGAAUUAUACCAUGA